AUGAUCAACGACACUGGCCCAGAGGCGAUUAAACAAAAUGGCUAUGCUUCAACCAAUGGCUUCCAUUCUGUUGGGACUAAUGGGGAUGCGACAGUCAAUGGAGACUCUACCAACACACUUCCUGCUGAGCCCAUUGCCAUUUGUGGUAUGUCAGUUCGUCUCCCAGGUGGAUUACAUUCACCACAGGACCUCUGGGAAUUUUUGGUAUCCAAAGGCGAUGCCCACGGCCCAGUACCCGAGUCAAGAUACAAUGCCUCCUCCUACUGGUCUGAAACCAUGAAACCCGGGACAGUCAAGACACAGUAUGGCUACUUUCUAGAUGAAAGCAUCGACAUCGCUAGUGUCGACACAUCAUUCUUCACCAUGCGCAAAGCAGAAGUUGAACGCGCUGAUCCACAGCAGCGUCAGAUGCUAGAAGUUGCGCGAGAGUGCCUCGAAGAUGCAGGCGAGUUUGACUGGAAAGGUAGACCCAUCGGCUGCUUCAUGGGUAGCUUUGGCGAGGACUGGGUAGAGAUGUUUGCCAAAGAGGCUCAACAGUAUGGACUAUACCGAGUUAUGGGCUACGGUGACUUCAUGCUGUCGAAUCGUGUCUCAUACGAGCUAGAUCUUAUGGGUCCAAGUCAGGUGGUCCGCACAGGGUGCUCAGCGUCUCUCGUCGCUCUCCACGAAGCAUGCGUUGCGCUGUCUCGUGGUGAUUGCGAAGGCGCUAUCGUUGGUGGUGCUAAUCUUAUCAUGGCACCUGGAAUGACUGUGGCAAUGACCGAGCAGGGCGUUCUCUCACCGGACGGUUCAUGCAAAACAUUUUCAGCUGACGCUAAUGGCUAUGCUCGAGGAGAGGCAAUCUCAGCCAUCUUCGUCAAACCUCUACGCAAUGCAAUUCGCGAUGGAAAUCCCAUCCGAGCAGUCAUUAGGUCUACAGUCUCCAACAGCGACGGCAGAGGUACAGCUGGAGGUAUACAGGUACCCAAUGACAUUGCUCAAGAGAUCUUGAUCAGAAGAGCCUACAAGAUGGCCGGCAUCAGUGACUACUCUCAGACGGCAUUUGUUGAGUGCCACGGCACUGGAACAGCUAUUGGAGACCCGAUCGAGACCAAGGCCGUGGGCCGAGUAUUUGGCCCGUCCGGAGGUGUCUUCAUUGGGUCAGUGAAGCCAAAUCUCGGUCACUCUGAAGGUGCCUCAGGUCUUACAUCACUGAUCAAGGCUGUUCUGGCUUUGGAGAAUCGUACAAUUCCACCCAACAUCAAACUCAACCAACCGAACCCAGACAUUCCCUGGACAUCCUGCGGGCUAUCAGUUCCCACGGAACCCACACCAUGGCCCCCUUCAAAGCAUGAGCGCAUCAGUGUCAACUCCUUUGGCAUUGGUGGUACCAAUGCCCAUGUGAUUCUUGAUUCCGCCCGCAGCUUCAAGAUCGCUCCUCCUGUGGAACGCGCGACCACAUCACCACAAUUGCUAGUAUUCUCCGCAAAUGGUGCGGAUUCACUUCGACAGAUGAUCACCAACUAUGAAGAAUAUGCCGAGAAGAACCCAGAAAAGGUGGAUGAUCUUGCAUUCACACUGGGUCACAAGCGCGAGUAUCUGCCGCAUAGAGCAUUUGCUAUCGCCAGCCCUCUUGGUCCUCUCACGGUUUCACCCCCGUCCAAAGUAGGAAACAAGCCCAACAUAGUUAUGGUCUUCACUGGCCAAGGCGCUCAAUGGCCACAAAUGGGAAGAGAAUUGAUGUAUAGCUCUCAAUUUCCUACAUUCAGACAAACUAUCGCUGCCUUGGACGCUCAUCUCCAAUCUCUUGAAGAUGGACCAGAUUGGACUAUCGAGGAGGAGCUUCAGAAACCUCCCAAAACGAGCAGACUCAGUUCGGCUGAGUUGUCACAACCCCUUUGCACUGCAAUGCAAGUUGCCUUGGUUGAUACCCUCGCUUCUGUCGGUGUCAGAGCCGAGGCUGUGGUAGGUCAUUCCAGUGGCGAGGUCGCUGGUGCCUAUGCAGCUGGUGCCAUCACAGCGAAGGAAGCUAUCACAAUCGCCUUCUACCGUGGACUUGUUACCAAGCGUCAAACCAAGCCUGGAUCCAUGGCUGCUAUUGGAAUGGGUGCUGGAGACGUUGAGCAGUACUUGCAGUCGGGCGUCGUUAUUGCCUGCGAGAAUUCCCCAAGCAGCGUCACUAUCGCUGGUGAUACGGAAGCGGUAGAGUCAACAAUUGAAGUGAUCAAAGCUUCGAAGCCUGAUGCGAUGGCGCGACUACUACAAGUUGACAUGGCAUAUCAUUCCCAUCACAUGAAAGAGAUAGGUGAUGAUUACUUUGCCCUUAUGCAAGACAAAAUCUCGCCUAAAAAGCCCACCAAGCUGUUUUACAGCAGCGUUACAGGGAACACACUCACUGAAAGCCACCAAUUCGGCCCACGCUACUGGCAAACCAACAUGGAGUCCAGAGUCCGCUUCAGUCCUGCUAUUUCAGAAAUCAUCAAUCAGGGAACCAUCAAGAAUGCACUCUUCUUGGAGGUUGGACCCCAUUCUGCACUUGCUGGCCCGUUGCGACAAAUUCAGGCACAGUGUUCUAGUUCAUUCCCUUACGUCUCAGUUCUUACUCGCCAUAAGAACGACGUUGAAUGCUUCCUUUCAUGCGCUGGCAGUCUCUUUAACCUCAAUGCUCGCGUUGACCUGACCAAGGUCAUCGCUAAAGGCACGGUAUUGCCAGAUCUACCCAGAUAUCCCUGGAAUCAUUCUGAGAGGCAUUGGUACGAAUCAAGGUUGACGAACGAGUGGAGACAUCGCGAGCACAAGUAUCAUGACUUGUUGGGUAUUCGCGUCCCAGAGAGUACCGACUCCAACAUCCUUUUCCGGAACCUGUUUCACCUUGAUAACGCUCCUUGGAUCCGUGACCACAUGGUUGGAGAUGAUAUUAUUUUCCCGUUUGCUGGCUAUGCUGGCAUGAUUGGUGAGGCCAUAAGGCAAUUGACCCACGUCGACGAAGGCUUCAAGCUGCGAGCUGUCAGGGUCAGUACGGCUUUGGUCCUGACCAAGGGCAAGCCUGUAGAAAUUAUGUCUACAAUUCGGCGAAAGCGCUUGACCGACUCUCUCGACAGUGAAUGGUGGGAGUUCACAAUUGCAUCAUACAAUGGCACGUCAUGGACGAAACAUUGCUCUGGUGAAACCACAUCACAAAGCGACAAACUUGCGACAACAGGAAAACAGGAGCCUUUCUUGCGCAAAGUAGAUAUUGGUCGCUGUUACGAAUCUUUGGCUAAAUCUGGAUUGAACUUUGGACCAGAUUUCCAACGACUUGGCGAGAUCCGCUCAGAUACAGUGGAACAAAAGGCACAGUCAAGAGUCUUGAGCAAGCCAGGCGAACAGAUCAGCUAUCAUCUCCAUCCGACCAUCAUUGAUGCGUCACUACAACUUCUCAGUGUCGCUGUUUCAAGAGGAUUUGCCGACCGAUUUGACAAAACAAUGGUACCAACUCAUAUUGAUGAGAUGUGCAUCUAUCGACCAACUUUCACCAACUCAUUCGACAUCAGAGCAAACGCAUCUUACACCUCCACAGGCUCUGUUGCGGGCGGCGGUCAGAUUGUCGAUGCCGAAGGCCAGUUGGUACUUUUAACCUCUGGCAUUAAGCUCACCACAGUUGGCGAUCAAAAUGGAGGCAAGCCCGUCGAACCGACCGCCCGAUCAGAAUGGGCUCCCCACAUUGACUUUCUCGAUCCGAAGACCCUCAUCAAGCCCGCAAUUGAUCGCAGCGAGCAUAUGCCAGAUCUUACACGACUAUCUCACUUAUGUAUGGUGCACACGAAGCACAACAUCGCUAAGCUGGACACGACCAUUGAGCACAUGCACAAAUACAAGGCAUGGGUUAACCGCCAGAUCAAGAUUGAUGGCAUUGGGAGUCUCGAGUCUCUGAACGAUGAUGAACUCAAAUCUCAAAUCAAUGGCUUAAUGGAAGAAUUGAAGAAAACCUCGGCAAAGGACGCUGCAAUCGCUAUCGAGAAAGUAUUUGCCAAUGCUUCCAAUAUCUUUACUGGUAGCAAGGAGCCUCUUGACAUACUGUUGUCCGACGGCACCUUGAAUAACCUCUACACAUUCAUGGACAACUGUGACGAAUCGGAACUAUUCACGCAUUUGGCCCAUAGCAAGCCUAAUCUACGUGUCCUUGAGAUUGGUGCUGGAACUGGUGGGUCAACGUCUCAACUCUUGAAGUACCUGGCUCCAAUUGGCAAAGUAUUGUUCUCCAACUACACAUAUACGGACAUCUCUUCUGGUUUCUUUGAGAAUGCCAAGAAGCGCUUCAAAGACUUUCAGAACAUGGAAUUUGCCACACUGGAUAUCAGUCGGGAUCCGUCGGAGCAAGGGUUUGAUGGGCGUGAGUACGACCUCAUCUUGGCGACUAACGUCAUUCACGCUACAAAGUCAAUCAACGAAAGCUUAAAGAAUGUCCGAAAGCUUCUCAGUCGCGAUGGAAGAUUAUUACUCCACGAGCUCACACCAACUUCGAAAUGGAUCAACUACAUCUUUGGGACACUGCCAGGAUGGUGGUACGGCGAGGCAGACGGUCGGUCUCAUGAGCCAUACAUCUCUGUCGAGCGCUGGGGAGCAGAGUUGCAGGCUGCUGGUUUCGAGACCCCAGAUGCAGCUGUACUUGACACAGUGGGGCCUAAUCACUUGAAUGCCAUGAUUCUCUCUAGACCAGCAAUCAAAACGGACACGAACAGGCAUGUUGAGCUAUUGACCAUGUCCGAUGUUGAGACCAAGGGAGAGGAGACACUCCGUCAAAGUUUGGAGAAACGGGGUUACUCUGUCCAUCGAAGAGGAAUCUUUGACCAGUCAGCUCCUACUGGGUACCGCAUUAUUGCACUUAUGGACCAAGAUGAGCCUUUCUUUGGGGAUAUUAAUAGCGAAAGAUUUGACGCUUUCAAGAUUUUGACAAGCAGCCUCAAAGAUACCAGUCUCCUUUGGAUCACUCAUGUUUCGCAAAUGGGGUGUUUGGAUCCUCGCUUCGGCCAGAUCUUGGGUAUAUCUAGAGCUCUUCGAUCUGAGAUGCUGUUAGAAUUCGGCACUUGCGAAGUCGACAAUGUGACAGCAUCAUCAGAGAGAAUCGUUGACGUGUUUGAGAGGUUCCAAACACGAAAAGAGGACGAGACUCUCAAACCCGAUUACGAAUAUGCGAUCGUCAACAACACCGUCCAUGUCGGUCGCAUCUAUCCAUUCUCAGCCCAGGAUAAUCUGUUGAUGUCUAGCGAAGAGAAUCUAGUGGCGCUUCAAACAAGCAAGCCUGGCAGGCUCGACGCCUUGCACUGGGCAAGCUACGAGUCGCCCACACUAACUGGCGAUGAUGUCGAGAUCAGAGUGCAAGCUGCGGGUCUAAACUUCAAAGAUGUCUUAUGUGCCAUGGGUAUUGUCGACGGCGGCAACGGCUUCGGUCUUGAGGGUGCUGGUGUUGUCAAUCGUAUCGGACCAAACGUCAAGGACCUAAAGGCCGGGGAUCGUGUUCUUUUCAUAGCUCAUGAUUCUUUCGCCACUCAUGUUGUCAUGUCCGAGAACCUCUGUGAGAGAAUUCCUGAUAAUCUGAGCUUCGAAGACGCAGCAACCAUACCUUGUGUGUUUGCAACAUCAUAUCACUCAAUCUUCAACAUGGGAAAUCUCAAGAAAGGACAGUCCAUACUGAUCCACAGCGCUUGCGGCGGUGUUGGCAUCGCUACUAUACAACUGGCCCAGAUGGUUGGCGCAAAGAUCUAUGCAACCGUAAGCAGCGAGGAGAAGAUCAAAUAUCUCGAAGACAACUUUGGUCUAGAUCGUUCAUGCAUUUUCAACUCUCGCGACGAGUCAUUCGUCGAGCGAAUUAUGCAUGAAACUGGUGGCGAGGGUGUUGACUUGGCGCUCAACUCCCUGUCUGGCGAGCUUCUACACGCUACCUGGAAGUGCAUUGCGGAGUUCGGUCGGAUGGUAGAGAUUGGGAAGCGAGACUUGAUUGGGUUUGGUAAACUUGACAUGUCCCCUUUCCUGGACAACCGUACCUACUCUUGUGUCGAUCUUGAUCAGCUUUGUUUCAAGAGGGGGCUUAUCGCAAAAGAGCUUCUCAAAGAUGUCAUUAGACUCUACAAAGACGGGCACAUCCAACCAAUUCGUCCCAUUAAAGUCUACCGCCCUCACAAAAUUCUUGACAGCUUCAGGUACAUGCAGCAGGGCGUUCAUCUUGGCAAGAUUGUAGUCUCCAUGGACACAACAGCCGGGCCCAGCUUGGAAGUCGAAUCUCGAAAGCAACCAGUCACACUAGAUUCAACGGCUUCAUACUUGCUUGUGGGUGGGCUCGGAGGCUUAGGUCGAUCCAUCUCCAGAUGGCUGAUUCAGCGAGGAGCUCGUCACCUCAUUUAUCUCUCCCGUAGUGCGGGAACGAAUGAGAAGCACCUCGACCUACAGCAAGAACUAGAAAGUCUUGGAUGCAAGGUAGACUUUGUUCAGGGCAGCAUCAACAACCUUGACGACGUUACUACUGCAGUUGCACGAGCUGAUGGUCGCCUAAAGGGAGUUUUGCAAAUGUCCAUGAUUCUCGCGGAUCAGAGCUUUUCGAGGAUGACUAUGGAGGAGUGGAAUACUGCUGUUGACCCCAAGAUCCAGGGUACUUGGAACUUGCAUAAAGCGACCAUGUCCGCUGAUGCAGACCUCAACUUCUUUAUCCUUUUCAGUUCGCUUUCUGGUGUCAUUGGACAGCCUGGACAGGUGAACUACGCCGGUGGAAACACCUUCCUCGAUGCCUUUUCUAACUAUCGAAAGAGCCGAGGUUUCCCAGCCUGUUCUAUCGACAUCGGAGCGGUGGAAGAGGUUGGAUACUUGGCCGAAAAACAGUCCAUUAUGCAGAAACUCAAAGUAACUGGUUUCAACGGCACUGUGUCAGAGCACGAAUUCCUCGAUGCACUCGGUGCAGCCAUGACUAAGACUUCUGAUAACUUUUGUCUUGGAUUCCGACCGGACGUUUCCCUUAGCGAUCCUUCCAACCGCUCUCUUUGGAAGAAAGACAUUAGAAUGGCUGCCUUCCACAAUAACAGGGGUGCUACAGAGGCCUCUACGGGUGCAACAAAUGAUGAACUCAAGUCCUUCAUCUCGAGGGCUAAGCGAGACCCUUCAAUCUUGAAGCAGGAGGAGUCAUCUCGCUUGCUCGCCCGAGAGAUUGGAAAGAAGGUGUAUGGCCUCUUACUCAAACCUGUGGAGGACUUGCAAACAGCCUCUUCUCUCUCCGACUUGGGAAUGGAUUCGCUGGUAGCGAUUGAAGUGCGACAGUGGUGGAAGACUGUUUUCCAAUUUGACAUUAGCGUACUUGAGAUGAUGGCAAUGGGUAGUCUUGAUAUGCUUGGAGCCCAUGCUGCCAGAGGUUUACAGCACGUCUUUGGAAGCACAUAG